AUGCGCACCACUAGCGCCCCAAAAACGCUACCGGACUGGAGACAACACGAUACAGCAACAUGCGUGCUAGUGCCCGCCGGCACGCAACGCAACGCGGCGGACGCAGAAGUGGGGGAGAGAGGACGCACUGCAGUGGAUACCAGGAGGAGGGCACUGGGAGGAAGGGAAGAAGGACUGCAGGAAUGGGGUUUGGAUGCAUUUGGGAAUGGAGAGACGAGGGAUUGGGGGCGGAUACUACCAGCAGGGGACAGAAAGGCGGGGGUUGGAUUGGACGGGCGGACAGGCGGACAGGCGGACGCUGUCCAGGAUCCGGAUUGGAAUGACAGAAUGGAUUCGCUUGACCUCGCUGUUCAUCACAGCGAGUAA